AUGGACGUCUUCCAUCUUUUUGGAAUAUCGGUCUUUGAACUGUUUAUGCAUGCGCUGUCGUUGCUGAUUUUUACGAUUCUGUUGACUGCGAAGCUGGAAGCAUAUUCGAAGCUGUCUUGGUGGCUGGUGUUCAGCCCGCUGUUCGUCGCCUGCUUCUUCAAUGCUUACUUUUCGCUGAUAGUUUUUCUGAGGCAGUAUUUCGAAGAACGGAGCCUGAAGCCCGCCGCCACCCGCUCCUUGUGGGUCGGUGUCCUGAUUCUGUUGCUGGUAACCUUCGAAGUGCUUGUCUGUGCCUCCCUGAACGACCGCGACGGCUCUUAUUCCUACGGUGCCGUCUUUUGCCCCGUUUAUAUCAUCAUGGGACUUCUGCUGUUGAAAGCCUGUGUCAUGCAUUAG